AUGGCGGCCUCCACGAUGGCAGCACCGCCGGCCGAUCUCCCGGCCGCCGACCACCUGGAGCCUCCGAUGGCCGCGUCCCGCACGCCCAUCCGCGCGAUCCUGGCCGCCACGGACGCCCUCGCCGGCGAGCGCGUGGUCGUGGGCGGUUGGGUCCGGGCCGGCCGCGUCCAGUGCGGCGGCACCGUGGCCUUCCUUGCCGUCAACGACGGCUCCUGCCACGCCAGCCUGCAGCUCGUCGUCGAAGCGGCCUGGGUGACGCACCCGCCGCUCGCCCGCCUCGCUGCCACGGGGACCUCCGUGCUCGUCUCCGGCGUGCUCCGGGUCCCGCCCGGGAAGAGCAAGGAGCGCAUCGAGCUGGGCGUCGAGGCCGUCAUCGACGCCGGCGAGGUCGACGACCCGGCCGCCUACCCGCUGCCAAAGGGUAGGAUUAAGCUCGACCGCCUCCGGGACUUCCUCCACCUCCGGCCCCGCAACGACACCAUCGCGGCGGUUGCGAGGAUGAGGAGCGAGCUCACGUUCGCCACACACUCGUUCUUCCGGGAGAUGGGUUUCGUGUGCGUGCACACGCCGAUUAUCACCACCGACGACUGCGAGGGCGCCGGCGACAUGUUCCAGGUGACAACACUGUUCAGCCAGGCCCAGAAGGCGGACAGGGACCUCAGGCUGAAGCUUGCUCCUCACCAUGAUGCCGACGAUGAAGAAGAAGAAGGAACUGUCGGUUUCGAGAGCGACUUCUUCAGGCGUCAGGCUUUCCUCACCGUCUCCGGCCAGCUCCAGGCCGAGGCCUACGCCUGCGCGCUCAGCGGCGUCUACACCUUCGGCCCCACGUUCCGUGCCGAGAACUCGCACACCUCGCGGCACCUCGCCGAGUUCUGGAUGGUCGAGCCGGAGAUCGCGUUCGCAGACCUGCAGGAUAUCAUGAACUAUGCAGAGAGCUACGUGCAGUACCUCUGCAAGUGGCUGCUGGAGCAUUGCAUGGAGGACAUGGAGUUCAUGGCUAAAACCCAUGAUAAGGCUGCGAUCGAGCGUCUAGAGCUAGUUUCGUCGACGCCUUUCGAACGUGUCUCGUAUACGAAGGCUGUUGAGAUACUGAUGGGCUCAGCUGGUAGCAAGAAGUUCCAGACCAAAGUUGAAUGGGGAAUCGAUUUAGCGUCCGAGCAUGAGAGGUACUUGACUGAGGUGAUAUUCAAGAAGCCUGUCGUUGUUUAUAACUACCCGCGAGGGAUAAAAGCGUUUUAUAUGAGGCUCAACGAUGACCAGAAGACUGUGGCUGCUAUGGAUGUUCUUGUUCCCAAGGUUGGUGAAUUGAUUGGUGGUAGUCAGAGGGAGGAGCGCUUCGGUAUCCUUAAACAACGGAUACUGGAGGCCGGUUUGCCGAUGGCAUCCUAUGAGUUCUAUCUGGACCUUCGACGCUAUGGAUCCGUGAAGCACAGCGGGUUCGGGCUGGGCUUGGAGAGGAUGCUCCUCUUCGCCACGGGCCUUGACAACAUCAGAGAUGUCAUCCCCUUCCCCAGGUACCCUGGGAAGGCCGACCUCUGAAGAUCUGAUUGGCCUCCCAAGCAAUAGCACAAGUUGUCCAUAGUCUGAUAACCAGCUAGGGUACAGUGGUAAUAGGUGUAAAGCAUAGUAAGUGUAAAUUAGCAUAAGUUGUCCAUAAGUGAGACUAGGAGUCAUACGUGCGCAUAUAUCAUAGUUUGUGAUGAUGUCCUUUAGAUAGCACAAAAAUAGUCUUUUUAUUUCAGUUCAUGUCAAAUUUGAAUUUGAAUGUAAGGAUUGUACUAAUUGAA